AGCUGAAGUGUUACUUACAUCUGAAUCCACAGGAUAGAAAACAUAACACACGUUGACCACACAUUGAGCAGAAACAUGAGCCACGACUUUCCACCCUUGAAGAACGACCUCCUUCUGCGCGCUGCCCGCGGCGAGCAAACCGAGCGCGCACCUGUAUGGGUCAUGCGUCAGGCAGGAAGGUAUCUUCCCGAAUUCAGAAAACUGCGUCUGUCCCACGAAUUCUUCGACAUCUGCCGCACCCCGCACCUCGCGACAGAAAUCACCGUACAGCCCAUCCGCCGCUAUACAGGUCUCGUCGACGCAGCGAUCAUCUUCUCAGACAUCCUCGUCGUCCCCCAAGCCAUGGGCAUGGAAGUCCUCAUGAACCCAGGGCCCGUCUUCACAGAUCCCCUCUCUACACCCGCCGAUAUCUCCAAGCUCAACCACCCCGUCGACGUGGAUAAGGAGCUGGGCUAUGUCUUCGAAGCCAUCACGCAGACGCGCAGGGCGCUCGAUGGGGAGGUGCCGCUUAUAGGGUUCUGUGGAGCCCCCUGGACGCUCUUUGCGUACAUGAUCGAAGGCGGAUCGAGCAAAACGCUGCAGAAAGCCAAGACUUGGCUGUUCAAGUACCCGGAAGAGUCACAGGCGCUGCUCAUGCGCAUCGCCGAUAUCUGUGUAGACUUUUUAGUCGGUCAAGUAAAGGCCGGAGCACAGCUCCUCCAAGUCUUCGACUCAAACGCAGGCGAUCUCUCCCCUCACGAUUUCACCACCUUCUCGCUCCCCGGUCUUCAACACAUCGUCAAUCGCGUCCGCGCCCGUCUCGCCGACUCGUCCCUUCCCAUCGUCCCCAUAACCCUUUUCGCCAAGGGUGCCUCGCCCGCACUGGCAGCCCGUGCAGGAUACGACACUGUCGGACUCGACUGGACUCAGGACCCACGCGAUGUCGUUGCCUCAGGUGUCACCGCUGCGCUGCAGGGAAACCUUGAUCCAGCCGUGCUUUACGGCGGUCAGGAGGCGAUCGAACGUGAGGUGAAGAGGAUGUGUAGUGCGUUCCGCACAGCGCGAGGCGGUUCCACGAGGGCCUGGAUCGCUAAUCUAGGUCAUGGUAUCACCCCGGGUGUCGACCCAGAGGACCUGCGAUUCUUCUUCGAAUGUGUGCACAAGUACUCGGCGGAGGGAGCGGCGCCAUAGGUCCUGCGAUGCCUUGCAGAAUUGCUUAAAUGUAGAAGCAUACGCAAAACUGUAGUAUCACGCCUGACUACACAUUCCGAGUAUAGUGUUAUAAGUAUAGUACACCAAAAGCAGAACUGAUAGCUAUGGACAAGAUUGCAAUGUAAAAAGAUAUAUGAUUGAGUGUAUGGAUGCACUGAUUGAUGAUAGAGACUCCAAGGAUACAGUUCCCAGACGUGACCCGAGACUUGAGAGGGAGCGAGAGAUGAGAAAAACCGAACCAACAAAGUGUAUCACAAGAGAAAAUUACUAGACCUUCCCUAUUAAAAAGAAACUGUCAAAAAUAGAUGAAUAUGGUCGAGAUUGUAACUUGACAUGUUCGCAGAAAAUGAGAACAGAAAAAAGUCAAGAAAUGGUACGCAUGCGGAUUUCCACGCUGGAACGAGAAAAAAAAAUAGUGAUGAGAAAGAUCAAUCCAUGGGACUUGGAAUCAAUAAGUGAACCUAAAUCGAACUUCAAACCGCGCGGUGAAAGUAGCUAUCACACGUCAUGCAAUGACAUCCGCUGCACUGAAACUGCUUCUCCUCCUCCUUACAGGACGUGGCCCCGGACGUUCAGUCGACUUCGAAGACGGCACGACGACUGCCGAUGCACCACUCGUCAUCCACGCAUUUGAUGAAGUCUUGGUCGGCCGCAUAGUGGCACCAGCAGCGACUUCGCUCAGCGAGUUCGAGGCAUUAUGCGCCUUUUUCGGAGGGAUGAGGGUAGGCAGUCGCGAUGGCGUGGGUGAUGGCGGGGGCUGCUGAGGCACCCGUCUCGC